AUCCUCGAUUGCUAUUAUUACUAUUAUUAUUAUUCUCGUAAAUAUUUUUACUACACUUUAACAUAUAUGAUUAAUAAAAAAAAGAUAUUUUUUAAAAAAAAAAAGGAAAAUGAGAGAAUUCAACCUGAUCUCCGGGAAUCUAGAGACGUCAAAAGUUUUCUAAAGAGUUUUUUAUACCAAAUGAAAAAACACCAGUUAUUAUUGGAAGAAGAUCCAUACUCGAGAUUUUCUUUUUUUAAUCUUAUUUGCCAUUCUGGGGAUUAACAAACCUUACUCUCGACGAAGCUUUGCAUGCAAGAACCUCAAAAGAAAAAAAGAAAAAAAAAAAAAACUAGAAAAGAAAAGAGCAAAGCAGCAUAUAAAAUAUCUUCGUGGCUUGCAUUCAAUGCAUGCAAGAUACGAUUAGCAAGUAACGAAUGAUCCUCUCCUUGAAGAAAUGAAUCCCUAAUAGGCGAUCCUUCUGUGUCAUUCACAGAACAAAGGGAACAGUGUAUACAGAGAAAUGCAAUUUUCUGACAAGCGGACUUUCUGUUCAUUCUACCGACAGCAGUCUUCUUUAAUAUUUUUUAUUUUAUUUGUUGUGGUAGCCUUGGUUGUUAUGAUCUCAGUGAUACAGCGCACACUUGGUGAUGAGAGGUCUUCUGAAUUUUUCAAAACGCCAGAUUCUCCAUAUAGUUCUUCCUCCACCCUCCCUCAAACCGGAGAAAGGCAAGAGAGAAUAGAAAAGAAGAAAGAAUCAGAUAAAAUCAACGUGACGACAGGGAAAAGCAGAGUAAAGAGACAAUACAGUACGUUAGAGAAAAUUGAAGCAAGUUUGGGUAUUGCCAGGUCGGCCAUUAAAGAGGCUGGUCGAACCCACAAUCUGACGUCAACCCAUGAUGACCCUGGCUAUGUUCCUCGAGGUCCAAUAUAUGGGAAUGCAAAUGCUUUCACAGGUACCAUUCGAUUCAUCAUUAGAGAGAAAAAAAAAAUGUAG